GCCCGCGCCUGUCACGUGGCCCGGCCGCCCCUCCCCGGCACAAAGGAGCCGGGCCAGCUCAAGGGAGUUCUGAGCUGCUGCAGCGGGGUCGGGGCCAGCAUCAGCAUCAGCACUGGCAUGAGCAUGAGCAUGAGCGGCGAGGGCGGGGACGCGGUGGUGGUGGUCUCCGCGGCCAGGACCCCCGUGGGUUCCUUCAAUGGUGCCUUAUCCGCUAUGCAGGCCCAUGAAUUGGGCUCCAUUGUCAUUAAAGAAGUAUUGAAAAGGGCAAAUAUCAACCCAGAAGAAGUCUCUGAGGUUAUAUUUGGACAAGUCUUGACAGCAGGUGCUGGUCAAAAUCCUGUUCGGCAGGCUAGUGUUGGUGCAGGAAUCCCAUAUGCAGUGCCUGCUUGGAGCUGUCAGAUGAUCUGCGGAUCAGGCCUGAAAGCUGUAUGCUUGGGGGCUCAGUCCUUAAUGACAGAAGAUUCCAGCAUUGUGGUGGCAGGAGGCAUGGAAAGCAUGAGCAAGGCUCCUCACUUAAUUCAUAUGCGAGCUGGAGUGAAAAUGGGGGAGACCUCCUUGCAGGACAGUAUAAUCUGUGAUGGUCUUAGAGAUGUAUUUUAUCAAUAUCACAUGGGUAUAACAGCUGAAAAUGUGGCCAAGCAGUGGAAAAUCAGCAGAGCAGAGCAAGACCAACUUGCUGUGCAGUCACAGACCAGGGCAGAAGGCGCGCAGAAAGCUGGAUAUUUUGACAAAGAGAUUGUUUCUGUUCUUGUUCCUUCUCGAAAAGGUCCUGUAGAAGUUAAAACAGAUGAGCAUCCUCGUCAUGGAAGUAACUUGGAAACAAUGGCUAAGUUAAAACCUUGCUUUCUGACCGAUGGAACUGGGACAGUAACUGCAGCUAAUGCCUCAGGUAUAAAUGAUGGAGCUGCAGCUGUAAUUCUCAUGAAGAAAUCAGAAGCUGCUAGAAGAAGCCUUCUUCCUUUGGCACAAAUUGUAUCUUGGGCACAAGUAGGUUUAGAUCCUUCCAUAAUGGGAGUCGGACCUAUUGCAGCAAUAAAAAAAGCUGUUAAUAAAGCUGGUUGGACGCUAGAGCAAGUUGACUUGUUUGAAAUCAAUGAAGCUUUUGCAUCAGUAGCUGCAGCAAUAGCAAAAGAACUGAAACUAAAUCCAGAAAAGGUGAAUAUUGAAGGGGGGGCUAUUGCCCUUGGACACCCUCUGGGUGCCUCUGGUUGUCGCAUUCUUGUUACUCUUCUGUAUGCAUUAGAACGAACAGGUGGAAAACGUGGUGUUGCUGCCCUUUGUAUAGGAGGUGGGAUGGGAAUAGCUAUGUGUAUUGAAAGAUGAAAAUGAACGAAGCUUGUUUAUAGUGUGUUUCAGUGGUUUCAGUUCUCCAAUAAACUUUAUCAAGCUCA